AUAAAACUUAUCCGUUAGCCGGAAUCCAUCAUUACCGGAGGUCUGUGUCAAAAUUUAUCAUGCGUUCUAAGCGCCUAAAUGACACUGAUGAUGUGAACGUGUUGACGUUUCACUUGUUGCACCUGCUCCCCUUGUUGUUUAUCAUCCCGUUUAUAUAUGAUCCCUGCUUUGAACUGUGACAUCGGCAUCAACGACAUGUAGAAUGUCGGACGAAGAUAUGAUUUUGCGACAUUUGGUGGUUUUUAUUUUUGUUUCCUUGUUCUCAUCAGUCAGCGGCGGUUUGUAUUCCCCCACCGAUGAUGUUGUGAUCCUCACGGAUGAGAAUUUCGCUCAAAAUGUAUAUUCUGUACAAAAUGCAUGGAUAAUUGAGUUCUACAACAGCUGGUGCGGACACUGUAAAAGAUUCGCUCCUAUAUGGAAGUCUGUAGCUACGGAUGUAAAAGGAUGGCAAAGUGUAAUCAAAUUGGGUGCAAUUGACUGUUCUACAACAGAAAACCUACUGAUAUGUAGGAACUACAACAUAAAAGGCUAUCCAACAAUGCGGCUGUUGCCUCCAUUCUCCAAGAAUGAAUCAGGGGUGGAAUUCCAUGAACAAGACCCAAAAAUGCUGACUGAAAAAAUGGUGGAUUUUGUCACUGAAAUCAGUGGGUUGGCAACAGGGAUUUGGCCAAACCUUCAACCACUAGAGUCACUAGAACACAUUUGGGGUGAAGCCAAAGAUCAUCACAAACAUGUGGCCCUUGUUUUUGAGGAUGAAGAUUCCUACACAGGGAGAGAGAUAAUACUGGACAUGAGUGGUUACAAGGAUAUGCUGGUAAGACGGGCCCUGAAGCCGCUCAUGAUCAAGUUUGGAAUAAACUAUUUCCCAUCUCUGUACCUACUUGAUUCCAAUGGAAUGUACAAACAGCUGGCUGAGAAGGGAACCAAUAGGGGACACUUCAGGGAAGCUCUGCUUAGUAUUCGCGGUGGACAAGACCCAGAAGAGUAUGUUGACAAGGGAGACGAGUCCGACCAUUUGAUGGAGGAUCUGCUGGACAAAGAUGACGGUGAACAGUUACAAGUCACCACCAGACUGGGUGUAUAUAUGCAAGACCUGGAGUCAACAUUAACAUACCUUCUCAGACAGGAAGUAGCUAUUCAACGUACUAUGAAACUAGAAAGUGUGAAUGCAUUGAAGAAUUUUCUGCUAGUGUUAGCAAAGUAUUUCCCUGGGAGAGAGCAGGUGAAGGGUUACCUGUGGCGUAUACAUACGUGGCUGGUAAACGUUGGUGAUGAGAUCUCUGGUCAGGACUGGCUCCAACGGAUUGACAGCUUUCAGACACCAGAGACAUACCUCCCAGAAAGAAUUAAUUGGAUUGGGUGUGCUGGUAGCCAGCCCCAAUACCGCGGCUACCCUUGUGGUUUGUGGACACUAUUCCAUACCCUCACUGUAAAUGCUUAUAGGAUUGAAGGCAGCAAUACAAAUUUUAACAAAGCAAGUGUGCUUCAUGCCAUCGCAGGAUACAUAAAGCAUUUCUUUGGCUGUUCGGAUUGUACUAAACAUUUUCUUAAAAUGGCACAGAAUAUUGAUAGUGAGGUGAAAAAUUCCAAUGAUUCUGUGCUGUGGUUAUGGGAAAAACAUAACCUUGCUAAUGAGAGACUUAAAACAGACUUUUCUACAGAUCCUCGUCACCCGAAAGUUCAGUUUCCCUCAGAAGAGACUUGUAGGCAGUGUCACAAAGUGACGUCUGCCCAACAAAUUGUAGGUUGGAAUAUGCCUGAACUUUUAAAAUUUUUAAUUGGUUUUUAUUCAAAAAGUAAUAUAAUCAACAUUGAAGAUGAUAAUAACAGAGACAACUCGGAAGGUUUGAUGUCCAGUAAAAAUAAAAAUAACAUGGACUGGUGGGAAAGACAACAAAGAAAAAAAGAUAUCGAAAAAAUAUGGGAUUUACGAGAGUCAAAAAAGAAAACAAAACAGCAAAAUAUAGAAUCUUCCUUUGCACUCAAUAAUAGAAAGAACGUUAAAGCGUAUGAAAAGUUUGAAUUAAAUGAGUCAAUGGUGAGCGAGAAGAAUAUAAAAUCUUCAUUUGGAUUUAGCCAUUUAGACCUGGGUAUGUGUGUAGUGUUUUAUGUCAUGUGUACAGUAAUAGUCUUCAUCCUCUACUAUCACUUUGCUGUCAAGAGAUGUAGAUUUUGUUCAAAGCUUGCACGUUAAAAAUACAAUGCCAUUCUGUUUUGAGGAUGGAGGCUACCGGUACUUGUAUGCAAUUCUAUAAGGUGAUUUCAACUUGACCACAGCAAGUUGUCUACUCUCUACCAAAGAUAAAUAUUUCAAGGCUUUCAUAAAUUGGUGCAGUAUAAUUUUGAAUUUAAAUUAUCCUAUAAUAACCUUUGAAUCAUUAUGGAUUUUUAAAAAUGAAGUUAGAGAAAAAAUAAUUUAGUGCUUUUAAGAGCUUUAAUUAGUUUUACAUUCUAUUGAUUUUUAUUGAGUUUUUCAUUUAGAUUAACUUUAAUAGGUAAUUUCUGAUUGCUUUUACCAAACAUUACUUUUAGUGACUUUCAGAUAUUUUACUGGUGAAAAUAUAGAAUCUUAGUAAGUUCAAUAAAAUUAAUUAAUUGUUAAUUUUGUAUGCAUAAUAACUAUUCAUAAAGCAAUAGGUAAAGUAUGCCUUCGUGCUACAUCAGCAAUAACAAUUCUAUACAGCAGUGGAUUGUUGAUAUGAUAUAUUUAAUGACAGUGGUACAGCAGGUGUUUAUAAUGAGGUACCAAUCUUUGUGUUACACAUACAAUCACUAUUUGUUCUCAUGUAGGACACAAUAGACAACAAACAGAAACAAUAAGUUACAUAAUAUACAAAAAGUAGAAGCAAUAGAUUGCAUAAUAGACAACAAACAAACAAUAAGUUACACAAUAGACAACAAGUAGAAUCAAUAUAUCGCAUAAUAGACAACAAACAGUAACAAUAGGUCUCACAAUAGACAGCAAACAGAAACAUCAGGUUAUACAAUAGACAACAAACAGAAACAUCAGGUUAUACAAUAGACAACAAACAGAAACAUCAGGUUAUACAAUAGACAACAAACAGAAACAACAGGUUACACAAUAGACAACAAACAGAAACAAUAGGUUACACAAUAGACAACAAACAGAAACAACAGGUUACACAAUAGACAACAAACAGAAACAAUAGGUUACACAAUAGACAACAAAAAGAAACAAUAGGUAUCAUAAUAAACAACAAACAAACAAUAGGUUACACAAUAGACAACAAAUGGAAACAAUAGUUUACAUGCACAAUAGACAACAAAUGGAAACAAUAGUUUACACAAUAGACAACAAACAGAAGCAAUACGUUACACAAUAGACAGCAUAUAGAAACAAUAGGUUAAUAAAGGAUUUGAUUCAUUAGGGACCAGCUGCUUAUCUAGUCCAGGUAAUAAGAUAUAACGGCUAUAUUGACCUUUUAACCAUUCCAGCAUCUGUACUAUAAUGUUACCUCAAACACUCCUGCAUUAUUAUGUAAUAAUUACAUCAUUUUACUGUUAUAUGAUUGUUACUUAGUCAUGAAAAUCAAAACAAUAUUAGCCUGCUGUCAGUUUAUCACAGAAUAUUGUAUGGCAGUAAUCUCAUUGUAAUAAGUCAUCUGGAUUUCACCUCAACAUUCCGAUUUUCAUUUCACAGUUCAAUUUUUGAUGCUUUUUGUUUUUCCGAUUCUCAUUUCACAAUUUAAUAUUUGACGCUUUUUGUUUUAACAUAUUUGAAGCCCUACGCGUUUUAUCAGCUGUGGUACUUAGUGUUUUAUUUGUGCCAUUAAUUGUCUAUGUGAUAUUCACUCUAUAGUGUUGAUAAGGAUAUUUUUGCUCCUUUCUUUUAAAACAAGCUUGUCCAUUGUUGAUUUCUGCAUGUAUACUACUCCAAAGUCUUGUAGAUUAUUUCUGAUACCGAACCUAUCAAAUUGGCAUCUUUAAAGAAGAAACAGACAGGAGAGGAGCAAAAAUAUCUUAUCAGACAGAUAGAAUUGAUUUUAAUCGUUAAUUUUGCUAUUAUGGAUACUUUUACUGAUGAAAGUGAAUUGUCAUGGUUGUGAAAGAGAGGAAAGCAUAUCUAAUUUUGUGUGUAAAGAUAACCACUAUUUUUCUUGUUGACCAGUGCAGUCUUGAGUGUUGUUAAAGUGUGAAUGUGAAUGAUCAAGUUUGUUUUGUUAUGUAUUUUUCAUGUUAAUAACAUACACUGUAUUUGUUCCCGAGUAUGUUGCUGAUUGGCUCUCCCAAGUCAUGUGAUAUAAAGAUAUAUGACUUGUUGAUUGGCUCCCCUUAGUCAUGUGACAUACAAUUCUGUGACUUCAAUAUUUUAUGGUUUUCAUUGGUGUAUAAUGAUUACAUACCAAGUUAAGAAUAUUGGUCAACUUUUGGAAACUUUUACUAUGUAAUAUUUCCCACUGAUAAAGUAGAAUUAUUGUUUUCCUUGAAUUUUUCUGUAAAACAGUAAUCUUAAUUUGAUGUAAUAGACCAGGAGGCUGAUUAGUUUCAGGCUAGACACGCAUGCUCAUUCACUAUCAAAAGUACAUAACACCAGUCCAACUAGACCAGUAACCUGUUAAGAACAGUAUACUUACAACAACACCAGUCCAACCAUGUAUAAACCUAAAAUUACCUACUUUAUAUUUGCAUAUUAAUAACACAUGCACAAUCAAAACAUCUGACAGCUCUAAACAAGGUCAGACCGUGGCCUUUGGAGAGACAUUCACUUCCUAAAAAAAAUAUUUAGGGUUAAUAUUGAUAAAAAUAAUCAACAAAUAACUGCUGAUAAAACCUAGACAUUACUGCUGACAGAAAUGUUUAUAAAUAUUUAUAAAGGUGAGAAUACAAUCAAUUACUACAUUAAAGUCCAUUUCUCCAAUAUUGACUUGUAGGACAUGUCCGGUACCAUCUAUUAUGUGAAGUUGUUUGAAAUACUGAAGUCACGCAUGACAAAGCCACAGUAUGUAAGACAUUUCUACUGGAUAUUUGAAUUUUGAGACUUUAUUGAUCCUCACAUAAAGAUAUUUAGUUAUUUAAUAGAAACCCUCAAUUGACCACAGUGAUUGAAUUCAAUUUAAUUCAAUAAUUUGUCAUCCAGCAUUGCAUAAGAUAUACCAGAGACAUAUAUACAGAGAGAUUGGCAGCUCUCUAUUUGCCCUUGUGUUUACAUAGUGGCCCCUGACCUUCCCACAAUCCUUUGCGGUCACU